AUGGACCUCGCACUCACGACCCACUCGACUGUCACCGUCCCCUUCAACACCAAGCCGCACACAAUCUCCAUCAUCAACGCCGUCACGCCCGUCGACAACCCACCAUGUCGCGCCGCCCAGCAAAAGGCGACUACAUCGAAACCGUACCUCGCCCUCCCUACCCCCCCCCCCCUCCCACAAUCCCCAACUAACUCCCCCGCCUCCGCACAGGACACGGGCAACAAGGUCGCCCGCAAGGCCAUCCUCGUGGGCACGCAAAACAUCAUGCUCGGCGGCAAGACAGUCAUCCAGCCCGAGGUCAUGAUCCGCGGCGACCUGGUGCGCACCGCGCCCUCGUCAUCCUCGGCGCCCACGAGCUCCACCGCCGUCGCCAUCGGCCGCUACUGCUUCCUCUCGCGCGGCGUGCUCCUCCGGCCCCCCGGCCGCCUUUACAAGGGCGUCUACACCUACAUGCCCCUCCGGCUGGGCGACCACGUCUUUGUCGGCCAAAACACCGUCGUCCAGGCCGCCACCGUCGGCAACCACGUGUCCAUCGGCCGCGACUGCGCCGUCAACGAGUUCGCCAUUGUCAAGGACUACGUCAAGAUCCUCGACGGCAGCGUCGUGCCCUCUUCCAUGGUCAUCCCUAGCUUCUCCGUCGUCGCCGGCCGCCCGGCCAGAGUCGUCGGCGAGCUGCCCGAGGGCGCCUUGGACGACUUUGAGCUGCGCGACAUGUACAAGACUGUUGGGAACAAUCCGCAGCCGGCUGCGUAG